AUGUCCCUCUCCUCCCUGCUAGCGCCCAUUACCCUUCCUAUAGCAUCCCUCUUUGCAAUUCCAAUGCUCUCGUCAUGGUCGACGUCCCUAAACUUAGUCUUCUUUUCACUCACAUGGACUACAAUAGCUAUCACGUACUCUCCCCUUCAGCUCGAAUUCUUUGCGCCGCUCUUCCUUCGCACGUUCCUCUACCUGCUACCUUCCGGAUUAUUCCUCCUCUUCGACUUACUCCUCCCUUCGCUCGCGGUGGAAUUGAAAGCACAGGGCGAAAUCGGAUUGCCGGCACGGCAGAAAGGUGGGGCACGGAAAGUGCGCAGAGUUGUGGGGUGGGCUUGCUUCAACAGUAUACUUGCCGUUGCCGUGCAGGCUGGGGUCGAGUGGCUCGUCACUGAUGUUCUUCGGAUGCGAAGUCUUCUUUUGAUAAAGGGGAGCGCUUGGACUCUGAACCAUCUACCAAACCCGUGGACAUUGUUCAAGCACUCGGUUCUUGGACUGGUUCUGCGAAAUACGCUGCAAUAUUACAUUCACCUCUAUAUCCUCCACUCCCCUUCUGGCGGAAUCUUUGCGCAUUGGCACCAAACCUGGCAUCAUUCUAUCCAACUCCCCUACUCGUUUGUCGCUGCGUACGACCAUCCUGCCUGCUAUCUGCUAUACCGGUUCAUUCCCCUCUACCUCCCCGCCGUCGCAUUUCGUUUCCACAUAAUGACGUACCUCCUUCUCCUAGCACUCUUCUCUCUCGAAGAGGUCUUCACCUACUCAGGGUACAAUGUCCUGCCUUCGACCAUCAUGCUUCGAGGAAUGGCGCGAAGGACAGACGCACAUAUGAUGAGUCAGGGCAAGGGAAACUAUGGGCCCAUUGGCGUGCUAGAUUGGGCACACGGAACUACGCUGGGAGCAGAUGUCAUGGAUGAUAUGAGGGACGAGAUGGAGAAGCAUAACGUCCAGGAGCGGACUGGACGGGCGAUCGAUCAAGCUGGAGACGCGACGAAUGGACUGGGCACCAAGUUGAAGAAUAGAGCUAGGAAAGGUAGAGGAAGGAAGUAA